GUCUCUUUCGGUGUUCGAUUUCAGCUGAUUUAUAUCGAAGGUCAUCUCUCUUUGUGAAUUUCAGAAUGUCUUCAAGGGAGAGGCUAGGUUCAAAGCAUCAUAGCCGAGUGAGUCAAGGCAUGUCAACUAGUGGAUCAUCAUCGAGGCACCACGAGACAAUCUCUUCGGCUUCGGAUCCUCGUCAUAUUCGAGACCACCAGAUUUCCCUUUCCGAUAUUCUAGAAAACAAGAUUGCAGUUCAAGCUGCUGAGAUAGACCGGCUCUCUAGUGAUAACCGAAAGCUAGCUUCAAGCUACGUAGCUCUCAAGGAAGACCUUACCGUGGCUGACCGUGAAGCCCAGGGGCUAAGAGCUCACAUCAGAAAGACCGAAACAGACUACGAGAUUCAGAUCCGAGCUACUCUUGAGAAAAUAGCGAAAAUGGAGGGUAUGGUCAAGAACAGAGAGAAUAUUAGGAGGGAGGUACAAUUAGCUCACAUUGAGGCUCAUAGAUUGGCCAGAGAACGUGAGGAGCUUGCUUCACAGGUGAAGUUGGUGAUAAAAGAUUUGAAGAAGGUUUGUCUUGAGGCAGAGAGUUUAGAAGCUUCGAGCCAAGAGCUUGAGCGGUUGAAAGAGGAGCACCAGAGAUUACGGAAAGAGUUUGAUGAAGAGAAGAGUGGGAACGUAGAGAAACUUGGGCAAUUGAAAGAGAUGGAGAGGAAAAUAAUUGGAGCGGUUAAAGCGAUUGAGAAGCUGCGAAGUGAGAUCGCAACCGCAAGGAACAAAGCUGUCGAGAAUUGAAUGGUUUUUACUUUUUAGGUUUGAGACCAAGAGGCUCCUCUAUUUAGGGAGGGUUACAAGAACCACAAUUGUGUUCUUAUUAUUCCUAAUGUAUAUGAGUUUUCAUUUUUUCAAAUCAACCUGUUUCUUCUGA